AUGCCAUUCACGCACUCCUAUUCCGCAUCCAGCAUCUCUGCUUCCGCCGCUGCUGCCAUCAGUGCCCCCAGCAACAGCCCCCGUCGACACGGUCGCCCUCUCCCCAGCAGUAGCUCCUCCAACACUAGUAUCGGCAGCAGUACCGCAACCCACAGCGUCGACACUUCCUCUUACCGUCACGCAGGUUCCUCCUCUCGUUCUGCCACCACUGCUGCCAAUUCCCCUUCACCAUCCGAAGAAUCUUCCUCCCGCUCUCGCCUCUUCUCAUCCGGUCGCAAAUCACCCGACCCAUUCCGUCGUUUCCGUCGUCUUUCCUCUUCUAACUCACUCAACCUCGCCACUGCUCCGGCGAACCUUGAUGCAGGUCAAUCAUUCGAUUUGCAGCAACGUAGCUCCAGCACUUCCAUCCCUGCUUACCCACGUCUUGCUUCGUCUACGCCGACACUAGACACUCCUCGCUCAGCUCCACCACCGCUGCCUAGUCAAGCGUCGAAGCCGACGUUUCAGAGACCGAAGCGGACCAAGUCGACCAGUAUCUCCAUCCUCUCCAGCGGGCUUGGGUUAAGGAGUGGUCCUAGGGAUACCUUGAAUUCAGGUGGGGAAGGGGAGGGAAGCAGAAGGUAUAGGAAAAGUGCAUCUUUCUCGCGUUCGGAUGUUGAUUUUUCAUCUUCGACCAUCCAUUCCUCCGCCUCUUGUAAUAGAGCGGUGACUCCACAGCCUAUGGUAAGGGCUAGUUCUCCUUCGCCUUCUUUUUCAGACACCAGAUCGCCGCCGAGUACGGGUGCGCAUCAGUCUAGACAGCAUAAACAAGCGUGGUAUCAAGCUCAACAAAAGACAAUCGAGUUGGAGAACCCGCAUAAUAGAGGAGGAAAAGAUUCAGAGGCGAAAUUGUUCCCGCUCAAUGUUAGCACUGCCUCUGAGGGGGAUGCUAAGAGUCCAAGACCGGUAGUAGAAACUUUUUUGAGCGAAGAGGAGAUGCUGGCUGCUGGCAUACAUGUCAUUCGCCGUAGAGACGAUUCUGCUGAUACAAAGACAAGAGCGGAGGAGGAGAAGGGAGGAGCAACACCAAAAAUACAACAGCAACAGGAAGAGGCGACGCCGAGGAUACCAGCGAGUUUGUACGGAGCAGAUCAUCCUGAUUUCUUAGAGUUUAUCAAUUCUCCGGUGGAUAGUAAGCAGCCUAGCCUCUUACUGGAGCAGUUGCCGAUUGCAGGGUCCUUAUCGCAUUCUCAUGCAAAGAGGAGUAGUGGUAGCAUCUCUAAUUCUUCGUGUGGAUCGACGGAUUAUCUACCGCACUCGGCGCAAAUGCAGGACGAUACUUCAUCGCUGCAUAACGGCAGUACAGGAAGUUUCAGUAGUGGUAGCAAGCAUAGUUUUUCCUUCGCUAAGCUGAGACGUGCUGGUGCAGGUACAAAGCAGCAGUCGAGUAGACCGUCUACAGCUAAUUCGAGUAAUGAAGAUGUUACUGGUGGCAAUCGCACUUUCCUCUCUCCUAGGGCGACUCAGCAGCAACAGCAAUACUCGCAGAAUAGUGUAGGCUCAAACGGCGCCCCACCGGGCUACUUGACUCCGGGACCCGGCUCGUCAGCCUCGCCCUUCUUGAACAAGCAUUCAGCGACCGUUGGACGUGCAAGUGGCAACGCGGGUAGUGCAAGAAACGGUCUCGCUCAAGUCUACAACGGAAGCGCCGCCAUCGGUCCCGCAUCCUCCGCAGCAACGGGUAGUGGUGGUAUUCCACCGCCGAAACCUCCCGAACCCAAACCAAGCCUUCUCGCUGCAUUCCCCCGCGCUGAUGCCAACACCCGUCCUAUCGAUCGAGAUUGGAGUCACAUUAACCAUCUCCUCCCUCCUGGCAGCGGCGAUGGCGGUGGUGGACCGGGGAAUGGGGUGUACAGAAACAUCUCGCAUUCGAGGUCACAAGAGGCAAUUGUAGAGUCUAGGUUGGAUGCGGAAGCACUGCGGGCGAGUGCGAGUACGCCUAUGCCUCCUCCUCCGCCGAGAAGGGUUAAUGUUUCUUUGACGCAGAAUGGGUAUGGUGGGAGAGGCUAUGGGGGGAGUGCAGCUAUGGGGAGGACUACGAGCGGUGGUGGUGGUGGUGUAGUGGGUGCAUUGGGACAUGUGGGACAGAUUGGGGCUGCGAUGGGGAGGAGAGGUUGGGAUUUUAUGAAGACUCUUCAGUCUACGAGUUCCAACACGAGCAGUGGUGGUGGGAUGUCACCCCGUACACGGACGUAUAGAUCUGGAGCAGUGGUGGCGGAGAAUGAGGCUACUCGAGAGUGGCUCCUUCUUCUCGAAUCCCCCGAUCCUCCUCGAUCGCUGAAUAGAGGUGGAGUAUUCGGUGCGCCACUCCAAGACGCUGUUUUACGAUCCCGCCUAUCUUCACUCUCCAGCACCACCACCCCCACUACCAACAGAAGUCCUUCACACGAAGAUCAAGAUCAUCUUGGAGUACCAGACCUCGGUAAGGCCUUCACCUCGAACCUCUUUGAUUCACCGCGCAACACCCCUCGAGCUUCCGUCGCUGGUGGUUUCGAAGCCCUCUCCCUCAUCGAGGCACGACAUCUAUACCUCCCCCGCCUAGUCGUCCGCUGUAUCGAAUCGCUUGAAAAGUGGGGACCUUCCGAAGAAGGGAUUUACCGUAUCAGCGGCAGAAGCAGUCAUACGAGUAAGCUGCGACAAUUCUUUUCUGAUCCGAGAAACGAUUUGUUGUUGGAUCAGAUCCAUCCGGCCGAUCUGGAUAUUAAUUCGGUUUGUAGUUUGUUAAAGAGCUAUCUAAGGGAGUUGCCGGAGACGUUGAUUCCGGUUGAUUUGACAGAGAAACUUGAUGCAGCUGUGUCUAAGCUUCUUUCUGAACUCCCGGAGGAGGUAGGAGCAAGAGCAGGGAAAGGGGUGGAGGCAGGAGGGAAGAAUGCAGACUCAAAAGCAGCCCAACUCUGCUCGGACAAAGUGAGAGAUUACUUAGAGCCACUAGUGAAACAGUUGCCUGUUUACAAUUGGUACUUGCUUCGAGAGCUGACUCACCAUCUGGGGUUGCUGGCAGAAGAGGAGGUUGUAGCGAGAACGAAGAUGCCGAUUAGCAACUUGACGUUAGUCUUGGCUCCAACGGUUAGUAUAAGUCUGCCGCUGUUACAAGUGUUGGUGAGGCAUAGGGAAGGAGUUUUCAGUGGAGCUGCUCCCGGAACUGGGGUUGAGGAGGAUGUUGUUGCUGCUGCUGCCAGUGCUCUUACCUCUACCCCAAUCUCCACGGAAGGGAAAGAGAAAGUGGAAAAGAAGAAAAAGGUGGCACCACCCAAACCGGCCAAACCAGCACUACUUUCUUCACCCUCGAAACUACCCGUAAUGGUACGAAAACGUACUUCCUCAAUGGGUCUCGCAGCUUUGCUUUCUAGCCCGACCAAAACUUCUCCCCCUGCGAGGGUGGCGGUGCAUAGAUGGACACCAUCGCUAGAGUUGGCGGCUGAUAUUGGAACUCCGUUCUCUUCCUCCACCCGACCCUUUCCCACUAGUGGGAGGGGGGAACUGUACGAGCGCCCAUCGACAUCGUUGGGACACUUUUCAGAUCGACCUUCUCCCCCGACGAAACCAGUUGGAUCGCGCCAAAUGGAUGCUCUAGCCCUAGACACUAGGAAGAGAGAAGGAGAGACUCCCAUAGCGAGAUAUUACGCUCGGAUUCGGGAAGAAGCUCAAACACCCCUUUCCCCUCCACCUCCUUCUACCGUAGAGGAGAGAGAUGGAGCGAAGACUCCACUGGCAGGAGGUGGGAGAACAGGGGAGAUGCAUAAGUACUGGGCCGAGAAAUCACUGCUAAACUCCCCCACUGGUGAAGGGAGAAGUGGUAGAAGAAGCGCAUUGGAUCGACCAAGACCUCCUACGAGUAGUGGUGCUAGUUUCUUCGCUGGUAGGAGUAGAAGGAGUGAUAGUGUGAAUGGUUUGGCGCAGUUUAAAACGCUUAGUGGCAUUCCGACGCUGGUGAGGAGCAAAAUUGAUGAGCGCGAGGGGAAGGAGGUGGGGACGAAACCGUUGAAGAUUGUUAAGAAGGUUCAGGGAAGUUCGAGUAGUGGAAGUGUGAGUAGUGUUGCUAGUGCUGGAUCUAAUGGUGUUCGGAGGAGGGGGGAGGAGGAGGAGCGGAAGCGGACUGGGGGAGCGGAAGCGGAGGAGGAUGUCAGGGAUCAGAUUAGGAGGUAUUUGGAAGAUGGUCCUGGUCAUGCUCGACGACGCUAG